CACAGUUGCUUUUCGUCUUCCUGUUUCGGUUUGGGACUCGACGCGUCGAGGAAGUGCGGGGUUUGUUGUCGAAUAUCUUUCGCGUAUUCUUCUUUUUGUACCAUUCUUUUCUUUUGUGAAGACAGUGUGAUGUUUAGCAUUUUCAAGUGAACUUCAGAGAGGCUUGACGCCUUGUAAACACGGUGGUCAGAAGUUUUGUGGGGGGCAGGGCGACUACUCAAACUCGAUCAGUUCCUCUUGUGCUCAUUUUCUUUCAACGUCAUCACAUACUAUCGUGCUCGCUUGUUCAUAUAGGGGAUGGCCGUGGCGACGGAGUCCUCGCUUCGUAUGCGACCCUCGGAUCUGAUCAAAAAGGACCAUUUGGGUAGUGGAGCGUUCGGAGACGUCUACCUGUGUUACCACGUCACCCUCGGCCAAGUGGUGAUGAAGACCCUGUACACGGGCUACCUCGGCAGUAGUGAGAAAACACGGUUGCUGAUGGAGGAGGGCAACAUUAUGGCCAAAUUGAACCAUGAGCGUGUGGUCAAGUUGCUGGGAAUCAUCAUAGAGGACCACAAUUGCUCACUGGUCAUGGAACUAAUGCCCAGGGGAAACCUGUGGGUAAUGCUGGAGCGAGUGCGGGUUCCAUUGUCAGUUAAAGGAAGAAUCAUCCUCGAGCUUUUGGAGGGCUUGGUUUACCUCACGCAGAAAUUUGUGCUGCAUAAAGACAUCAAACCAGACAACAUUUUGGUGGACAAAGAUUUCCACAUAAAGAUUGCAGACCUGGGCCUUGCCACCUGUCAGACAUGGACUAAACUCACCAAGGAGGAAUCGCAUCGGAGGAGUCGUCUGGGGAAGACGGCUGGCGUGAGAGGGGCUGGCACGCUGAGCUACAUGGCCCCUGAGCAUCUGGAGAGCAUCCACAACCGCUCCACUGAGAAGUCUGAUGUGUAUAGCUUUGCCAUUGUGAUUUGGGUCAUCCUGACAGGCCAAGAACCAUAUGCAAAUGCGCGGAAUGAAGAUCAAAUUGUCCAGUGUGUUCGGAAUGGAGACCGUCCGCUCCAGGACUCCGUUCCAUAUGACACGCCCAAGGCGAUUGUGGAGCUGAUGGUGAAGUGUUGGGACCCAAAGCCAGAGAACAGACCAACAUUUCAGAAGAGUUAUGAUGACUUCUUCACAUACUACACUGUAAACCUAGAACCAUGUGUAGAGAAGGAUGUCCAGUUGCUCAAGCAAUUGUACGAAGGACCUGAAGAACUUGUACAGAAGUUGAGGUCUCUCCACAUUGGCAAUGAAUAUCUCACACAAGAUUCUCCAUCUCCAUUGUUGAGCACUCAGAGACCAGUGUCCAUGCCGACUGAGAUGAGUGUUGACGACUUGGAGUCCAGCAUACAGACGGAUGCUCGUGCAACUAGAUCGACAAACGACUUGGAGGAGAAGCUGAAUCGGGAGCUGCAGUACCACAGACAUGGCAGCUACAUGGCUGAGAAUCAGUUUGAAUGUGCUAAUGGUCUCCAACGAAGCAGCUCCAAUCAUUCCCUGCAGAGACAAAUGAGUACUCCAAACAAUGCUGUGAGGCCUACAGAACAAGACACAGCGUGCUCAAUGUCGUCUGUCCAAACAUGGAGCAAAGUGCCACUGGGACUGUCGAGUCAGGAGGGCAUGAAGUGUCCUCAGGCGGAGGACGAUUAUGACUUAUUUGCAUCGUCUUCCAGUACACCGUCCCAAGUGUCCAUGUCGGCCAGCAGCAUCUCUCAAACUCCACUUCCACAGUCCCAGUUCCAUCGUCAGAAGUCUUGGACAGCUCACCCGGUGAAUGAAACGGCAGCUCCAGAAGGCACUUGCGGCCGUCUGUUAUCGUCCUCCAGGUCCAUCUCACUGCAGGAGUCUACUGUUCCCUCUCUGUACAUUAAACAUGCCAGAGGAGUCCAGAUUGGUAGUAACAACACCCUCCAUUUGAAUUCUUCUGGAUCCCCCUUCAGUUCAGCAUGUGGACCCUCAAGCAGUAUGGCUUUCACUCUCAUCAAGGAUGACAUCAAGAUUCAUGAGGACUGUCCCGUGUAUGACAAACAUUUUGAUUAUCUGGUGGAACACAUGGGGAACAGCUGGAAACGCUGCGCUCGGCGCUUGGGCUUCUCAAAAGUGGAUAUUGAAAAAAUUGAGUACGACAACCGACAUGAUAGGCUUGAGGAGCUGGUGCACCAGAUGUUCAAGCGGUGGGAGAUGAGGGAGGGACGGGUAGGAUGUACGAUGGGAAGGCUUUGUUACGCCCUCGAAGAUCUUGUGAACGUAGAGGUAAUUCAACACAUCCUGAUCAAUUGCCAUUAGAAAGAAGUGUCCAUAAAAGUGUAUUCCUAUUGAUGUGUCUUUAGUAUACAUGUCAAGGUGUUAUUUCGUUAAUUGUAAAUCUCAUGCUGGCCAAGAGCUAUUGGAAGUGUUUGUGAUAACACUGCCAAGUUACGAGGACUAACCUGCCUCUAGAUGCUGCUGCCUUUGGGCCACACCAUUGCCAAUGUGCAGUGAAUAUUGUAAGAGUCUUGACAGUCAUCAAAGUCAGAUUUCAGGUCAAAUAAAAUGCCAAAUAAUGUUUUUCCUGGUUACCAACAAAGGCAGGAGGGAUUGUGAGAGUCAAAGGAAUCAAAUGAUGCAGGAGUAAAAAAUAUACAUUUCUACUGCCACUGUCUUGGUGAUGUAGAUUACGUGAGUAUUUUCCCGUACACUAACAAAAAUACAGUACACAGUGUAAAUAAAGGUUUUCCCAUUCAUUUUUUAUGAAGCCAAGAGGCAUCGUAUAGCAAUAAAGAGCAUUGUGUGUUUUCUUUGUGAGCACUAUUCGUGAUACAGUAUUAGUACAGAGUAUUAAUGCUGAAAGGACUGUGCAGGGUCUCACAGAGAUGUUGUUCUUUUGUCCACUAGUUUUUAAUAAACCUCAGCAAUAAAUAUAAGAGAACAUACAAUCUCACCGAACCUUAUAUUAUACAUCUCUUAUAUUCACUUCCCUGUCUCUUUUAUUAAAAAAUAGCAUGUUUCAACAUGUUGGCUCGAUAAUUACAUUUGUAAAAUGACAACAUUCAUUUUUGUUGGCAAGGUGGAAAAUAAAAUGAGCAAAUCUGUGACAAUUCUGUUUUUCUGUUGACUCUGAAUGUAAUACAACUGUGGAACACGUUUCAUAUUUCUUGUACUAAAUUAUCUCAUGAUUGACUGUCCCGACAGGAAACCACUGAAACAGCAACUAAUAUGCUCCUCUGAGCCUUGUUUGAUCUUGAGUUUAUCAUGGCCACCUGUUGAACACAUUAGUAUGUGUUUUGUUGGGAUUUAAAAGAGGUGCUGCCUUAGGAGCCCACACUAAAGCCCCAGCUUAGGUUUAGGGCCGGGGCAAGGGACCGGUUAGGUUGAGAGCCAGAACAGGGGUAAGGUUAGGGUUUGGGUUAGGAUCAAGAAAAGGUAGUGGCUGGCUCCCACCCUCAGCCCAAGGAUAAAAGUUUGGGAUGGUUGUCUGAUAAGAUCUUUCAUGAUCAUGUGUAUUUAUUCAUUCAUGUAUUUAUAUUAUCUCUCUCUCUCUAUAUAUAUAUAUACAUAUAUGUGUGUGUGUGUGUGUAUUUAUUAUAUAUUUAUGCUUUAUCUGUUUUUAAUCAAUUUUUACUUAUAGCGCAUGUUGCUAAAUAACUGUCGUGAUUGCUGACCACCCAUGUUGUAUGAAGUGUGCAUUAACUGGUUUCCCCCUAUUUUUCUUAUGUUUAAUAAUAUACCUGUGUUGUGUGAAUGGUGUUAAUAAGUCAUUUUUUGUUUCUCCCACAUGUUUUGCAUGUGAUCAAGUAGACUACCUUGGUUAUUGUAACAUGACUUCCCCCAUGUGUCUCAAAGACCUGUCCGUGAGUUGUGCUGCGAAUCCAUUUCAUCUGUUUAAAGAAGUCAUCUUUUCUAUUCCAAUGUUUCUUUGUUUCCAAUUUGACUCUGACCAAUAGAUCUUGCAGGUUUGGGUUAUUCAAUAUUUGUUCUUUGUUUUGUAAUUUUGUAAAACAAUUUCCUAAUCUUUUUAUGAGUAUGUAUGAUGACGCUGAGAAGGUGCAAACAAAAGGGAGACGUCAGCAGGCGUCUUUUCCUGGAGGAAGGUCUUCAGACUGUUUCUUCAAAAAGACCGAGAGCAUCCUCUAGUGACCAAUGCGCGGAACAACACCCUUGUCGCAGAGAGGAAAUCUUUCUGUGUGCAAAUCCGAUGGAAUCUCAAUAAUUGGGCCUUCACUAUUCCAAAAUAAGUGGGUGGAAAUUAUUUUUAGGAAGUAAACUAUGUGUGUACGUUUGAAAAAAACAAACAUAUGUGCAAAGUGUUUACCUUUAUAAACUGUUGUGUCUAAAAAAAAAUCAAUGGACUCCAUGUUGGAAACUGACUUAACUUUUAUUGAGGGGUUGUGACUAUUUAACAGAGCUAAGAACUUCUCAUACUC